AUGCCUCUUGUUCCAAGGGUUCUCCAACUUCAACAGCAGCAAGGAGAAAAAUCGUCUCGUGAUGAACAGGUAGCUUGUGCCAUGUUGGCUACACAGCUGGAUAACUUCCUGGGUGGAGAUCCGGUCCAGCACAGGCAGGUUCAAGGCUACGAGUCCCCAGAGUUCAUGAACCUCUUCCCCCGAGGUGUCAGCUAUAAGGAGGGAGGUGUGGAGUCUGGCUUCAGAAGAACACAGUCUGGAUCUGGACCCGUUCAGAGGUUAUACCAAAUCAAAGGGAAGCGUAACAUCAGAGCCAAAGAAGUGGGUUUGAGCUGGCAGAGCUUUAACAAAGGGGACUGCUUCAUACUCGACCUGGGCGAGACGAUUGUGUCAUGGAUAGGAUCUCAGGCAAACAUCUUUGAGAAGCAGAAGGUGAGGGAGAUCGCCGCUCUGAUCAGAGACACAGAGCGACACGGCAAAGCCCAGAUCACUAACAUCAGUGAGGGAGAGGAGACACAGGAAAUGCUACAGGUUCUUGGUCCAGUGCCAGAGCUGAAAGAAAGCACUCCAGAGGAGGACAGCCAAGCAGAUGCAUCCAAUAUUGCCUCCCUCUACAAGGUUUCAGAUGCAACAGGGUCGAUGAAGUUGACCAAGGUGUCAGAGAAAAGUCCAUUUGCCAAGGACUUGCUGGUACGUGAUGACUGCUUUAUCCUGGACAAUGGGGCUAAUGGAAAAAUCUUUGUUUGGAAAGCUUGA